GUAAGAGCUUCGUACAUUUGCAGUGGGGCUAAACAUUGUGAAAGAUGAAUAUACGCCGUACUUGGCAAAUCGGUCUCUUUUUGCUAGGGCUGUGUGUCUUUAAACCCUCGUUGGAGGCAACCCAGGCCUCCUGCAGGAGAAAAUUGCAGUAUUAAAGAAAGAACACAUUCUGAUGCUAGUUACAUGUAUGUAUGUAUAUACGUAUAAAUUUGAUGACACUCGGUGGUGUUUUUAACCUUUAUUGCCUUUUUUUACUUCUAUGGAAAUUAGUGUGGAAAACCACAUUUAAAGGGUUGCAUGUUCUUAAAUUCAAGGACACAUUAAAACCAAUAAGAAGUUUUUAUAGUGCCAUUAACUCUUCUUAGAAGUAAUUAACCGAAAAGCACGCGAAUAAAGUCACUUUGAAGGUCAUUGUUAUAUUUUACUGCGCAAUAAAGUAACAUUUAAAAACAAACUUGUCGGUGUGCAUUUGCAGUGGAGUUGAACAUUGUGGAAGAUGAAUAAACGCCGUGCUCGGCCAAUCGGUCUCUUUUUGCUAGGGCUGUGUGUCUUUAAACAGACGGUAGCAGAUCCGUGUACACCUGGUGAUCCUGACCAAUACCGGAUUUUUGAAGCGUCGACAUGGGUGAGAAACCGAGCGAUAACAGCUGACUUAGGAACGAUGAGUCUUAUAUGUGACAGGUACCUGUCCCCUACGUCAUGGUACCGAUUCACUGACAAGCAGGGGGACCGCAUGGCAGAUGCCACACCUAAGGCGCCUGUGCCGAUGCAGUGCGGAACUGGUGCCCCCGUCUUCUUACGGGACCCUCACCCAACCUUGGAAGAAGGGGCGAAAACUGAAGCUAGAGUUUGUGCUAACUACGGCAUUCCUAAUAAUGAAUGUAGUUGGACUGGAACCAUACACAUCAAACAUUGUCCCAGUCGUUUUAACAUGGACGGGUUUUAUAUCUAUCGUGUUCAGCCUCCACCUGCAUGUCCCAUGGCGUAUUGUGGCGUAGGCACUGGAGCUGAAAAAUGCCCCCCUGGGCAGUUACUGGAUGGACAGCAGUGUAUCCCUGCCUACCCAGAAGCUGCAGGUCGCCCGGAGGUCACUCCCCCUCGCCUGACCGGUAACACGUUCUAUUUUGGUUGUGUUGUCCCUUACAAUGGCAUUAUGCCUGAGAGGGCGAGAUUUCAGGUUCAGUUUUUGGCUGAUGGGCAUCCGUUUGGUGGUCUCCAUACGGCUUCCGAUGACCAUAUCUGGCAAGUACAUAUAAACCCCAUGGAUUUGAAAGGGAAUUUAGGGAAACACAUAAGAUGUCAGGUUCGUCCUUAUUGGAGCGGCCACGCCAUUACAAGCAGACCUGUCAUCAGCAGAAAUAACUACUUUGCUGGAAUAAAGAUAGCAGAUAUUAACGGCAAUGACAUCAACCAGAUAGUCGUGCGGAAAGACGCACCGGAACCCACAGAAAUCCAGUUAUAUUCAACAAUUCCUGUCACCAUGGAGACACACAAAAUUAUGUUUAUACCUGGUUUGGAGAGCCAACUUUCUGUAAUCCUGCGCACUGAAAGUCCCAGUGUGGCCAAGACCGUCGUAACAUCUACAUGCGAGACGAUAUUCCUUCAACGAGACUGGAAUCAGACGGCACAUAAAUUGUUUGGAAGCAAACCUGUCAAAAUACAAGCCGUGAUGGACAAUGCACGGCCAUCUGGUCGACCAGACAUCCCCAAACUGUUGUAUUUUACACCGAUACCAGCGGCGCUGGGACAGAGCAUUUGGGAAAAUUAUGUUCUUCCAGCAUUCCAGGUAACCACAGUAGAUGUGAACACGGGAAUUUGCACUAGUGUCACGGAUCCCCAUCUGAAAACAUUUGAUGGCAGACGAUUUGAUAUCCUGCGCGAGUUUGGAGAAUUUGUCUUGACUAGAUCAAAAUAUGGAGAAUUUGAGGUUCGCGAACGGCAUUGGUCUUGCUCGAGCUCUGGUGUGGCAUGCAACUGUGGUGUAGCGGCGAGGGAAGGUCCCCACAUCUUAAUAGUAGACCUUUGCCAUGGUAACGUCGACCAACUACGAAAAGCAAAACUACAACCGAGGGUGUAUUACAGGACUACUGCUAUAACGGGGACGUUACCAAACGGGACGUACAUCCAUUCUGAUUCCACGGGCAAAAAAUAUAUAUUGAAGUUUGCGUCUGGCGCCUGGGUGGAGGCCCGCGUAAACAGAUAUUGGGGUCUAGAUAUAACAGUCAGCGUUCCCAGUGGUUACAAGAACCACAUGGCUGGAUUGUGCGGUAAUUAUGACGACCAGAGUCAUAAUGACAUCGUUGGAUCUCUUCCAAAUUUCAUUUCAAACAACAAAGUUACAGUUGAAGACAGCUACUUCGGUCGAAAGCUUCCGUGCCCGUUACCUUUGGCAAGAACCCUUCAAGACUUCUGCUAUUGCAAUAAAACGGGGGAAGAGAGAUUCGUAUGCGACUACGCCAAAGUUGUACCAGAUCCCACCGACCUCACGAACAUGAAGCCAGUAAAACCUAUCAUCACUCCUCAGACAUGUGGAAAACGGAAGCGACGGGACAUUGAGGACCUUAUGAUGUCCUCUGAUGACGUCAUGGAAUUUGACGAUUACGUGUACACACCCGUGGUCCCAACUGCACGGCAGCCUGUAGUUAUAAAACCCCGUGUUGUGCCUGGUGGGCCUGGUGAUGGACCCGGGAGGAAUAUGCAGGCUAUGGGUGAUUUAUUUGUGUCUGCUCGCCGGGAACCGUUGGUGGCCUACCCUCAACCAUACUGGCAGGAUGCAUUUACAAGUGUUGAGCCUGAUGGGUUUGGUGGGGAGUUCCAACCUCAGAAGAUCCGGUCAAACUGGCAGUUUGCACCUACAAACCCCCGUGUUGUGCCUCGUUGGUUUGGUGUUGGACCCGGCAGGAAUGUGCAGGCUAUGGGUGGUUUAAUGUUGAAAGUCGCACCAGUGUCUGUUGACGAAGUACCGGUGGUGAUCCAGCCUCAGGAGAUCAGGCGCAUCUGCAGUGAGGCCAUCGAGACCUCUUCAAUUUCGACACUGUGCAAGGAUCUCCCCGGGUUUGACGUCAGCUCCACGAUGGAAGAAUGUAUAUCUGAUAUUAAGUUGACAAACGACGUAACGUUUGCAGAAGCCGCUUCCGACAAUAUGGAGGACCGCUGCAUCCAGUAUGCAUCCACGCUUUCCAGUGAGAAAGAAAAUGUUCAGAAAAUCUUGCGUCUACGCUGUCCUCGUCAAUGUAGCGGACAGGGUCGGUGCGACAAUGGACAGUGUCACUGUCACGCUGGAUUCACUGCUGAGGACUGCUCGGUCAGGACAGAUAGCAUCCCCAGCGUGUUCUUCAGAAUAUCUGGGCGCGCUGUGCAAAAGCGUUUCUGCGAUGCGCUCAGACGGCCAUGUUUGACGACCAGACUUCAAGCGACUGGAGCGUUCUACAGGAGUUCGAAUCUCACUUGCAAGAUACAACACAUAGUGAUGACAUACAAUGGACACGAGUUCGUGGAGAGUGGAGUUACAACCAAAAACACGAAGGCGGAGUUCGUGUCAUUCGGCGAAGUGAUCUGCCACAUUCCCAGUACAGUGCGGAGUGCUGUGCUAGCGAAACCAAUUGCAGGCCAAGCAGUUCAUGUUGUUGUUAGAUUGCAAAUAUCAGUCAGUAAUGAUGGCGUUCGAUUCUCCAAUGAAGUGAAUCUGUUAGUGUUUAAUUCCAAACGCGUGGAGUAUAACAGCCGCACGCAGAGCUGGGAACCGAAAGUGUAAGAGAAAGA